GAUGAAUUUACGUUAAGAUAACUAGAUCUUGAUAAGACUUUAUGAACAGAAAUUUUAUUACGCAUUACUUUUCGACGUUGUAGGCAGAGAAAAAAUGUUUAAAACAUGUUUCAUCAUUUUGAUUUGUGUGCUACCUGCGUAUCAAGCAGGUAGUUGCCCAGAUGGAUGGACUUCACAUGGCGCAAAGUGUUACCAUUUCAGUCAUGAUGAAGAGUCACUACCAGUGGCUGCGCUGGUAUGUCAACAAAUGGGUGGUACACUAGCCGAAAUAGAGACUGCAGAGGAAAAUGUGUAUUUAACAUCAGAAGUUAAACUUUUGAAGAAUUAUUUCUGGAUCGGCCUAACAGAUGUUCAGGAGGAAGGUGUCUGGCGCUGGUAUACAAGCAAGCGUCUAUUGACGUCAACUGGCUUCUCCAGCUGGGCACCAGGAAGACCGGACAAUGUUGGUGGUAAAGAAAAUUGUGGCCAAAUUCGUCCAGAUGGACUAUGGGGAGAUACUACAUGCCAUACGUUUAACUUCUAUAUCUGCGAGAAACCACUAGAGAACACUGAGAUAAUUGGAUAAACAAUAUCAGUACAAACAUUCAUGCCUGCUUUCAAAGCUACCAGAGGAUACAGUAAUCAACUUUACAUCUAACUAUACCGUUCUCACAUAUUUUUUGAAAGCACUGUAGUGAUUGUUUCAUUUUCCUAUUCUGUGAAUAACUGAAUGAAUAAAAUAUUUCUAUCUG